CGAGCACGGUACCCGCAGUACCCGCCAGUACGCACAUCUGCAAGCCCACCUCUUGUCGCGCGUUUCGCUACCGCAAUCGCCAAGUGGGACACCUAGACGCCAUCACGCACACCAAGGUGUCGCAGUCGCUCUUCGGCAACGAAACAGUGCGGUACCAAGUAACCCUGGUUGUAUACCCACACUCAUAAAGUGCGUAAGUGAAUGCGUUAAAGCUCAAAUCAAAUUAAAGUGGCUACGACGACGCGUGCCACCAUUCAAACAGUAUUAAAAUGCUCGACACCCCUCGUACCGGUGCCGUGCUGUCAAAAAUAUCGUGACACCUCCAAAACAAAAGAUGUCCCUUCUUAACUACAGCGUGCCAUUUUUGGCAACGCCGCAUCCUCCGACCACGAACUACUAUCACCACAGUGCGGCAAACGUUCGCCCCCUCGCGCCCCCUCUGCAACCCCUGGCCCACCAGGGGCCCUACUCCUACCCCCCGCCGGAAAAACCGUUUUUGGAGGAAGAGUUCGGCCAAAGGACAUUUCAGAAUAACCUGCCCAAAGUUCCCAGUGGUUUUCAACAAAAUAACUACGCGCAAAACAACCGUAACAAUUUAGUGCCGCAGCCCCCUCAAGGGGGGGGUCAGCAACAUGGGGGAAUACAGUACACAAAAGUCGAAGAUGACGGCACCAAAACCAACAUACACGCCGUCAUUGAUUACGACGAUUACGAGGACGAAGAAGGGGAUGAAGGGGGGCAAGCUUACCCCCCAGUGACCCCCAUCCAGGGACCUAUAUACGUUAAAAACGGUAGUGUGCCGGUUGUGCCCCUCUACUCGCAUCCCGUCUUAAGUAACGGGAGUUUUGUGCAGAUUCCGAUCCUUUGGACAGCACUAUCAGUAGCUUUGGGCUACGAACGAAGCGGCGAGAUUCUACGGGGUGUUCCAUGUGUAAAAAAAAAUCAACAAUUAAUGUGUCCAUCCCCCGGACCCUCAUACCCAUUAGAUAGAAUAGAACUGUUCAUAGACGAGAACAAGGCGUUGAUGAAGCGGAUGUACGGAGAGUUCGACAUGAUACCGCCGCCAGGGCCGUAUCCGUCCGGUCCGGGCCCGGAAACGCCGUCGAGAAAGUACAAACGGGCGACGAAACCCGGAGUGCCGGACCUGCACUUCGACCCGGAGUCGCCCACGGAGAAGCUCAGGAGCGCGCGGAACUUCCGGAGCAAUCAGAGCAACCAUUAUCAGGAGACUGGAAGAGUCGAUGCUUGUGAUAGCAAGAUGGAAAUAAAAACGCCGUAUUGGGCCUCAAACUCAGCUGGAAAAAUUAGAGCCAUUGUUAAUACUCAACAUUUUGAGCAAGCCAUUCAUCAAGAAGUUUGCUCGAAAAGUUCCACGAAACGCUGCGCCGGCGAUUGCGGAUGCGAGCAGAAAUACAAAUGGCAUCGACUACUGGCGUACGAUCCAGAUAACGAUUGCAAGGGCAUUUUCAUGGAUUGGUUCCUCUUCCCGUCUUGCUGCGUGUGUCGAUGCGACCCGAAUACUCCAUUUUAGAUUUUUUUAUAGAUCCGCUAAAUGUAUGUAGAAUGUAUUAAUGUAAAAAGAAGUUCCUACCCGAAGAUAUACCAUGAGAAUUGUUAAAAAAUAAAAUAAACCAAAGGUAUAUCUUAAACGCUUUUUUGAGUUAAGAUAAAAUAUUUUAAUGAUUUUUGUCUUUUAUAAUUUUUUUUAAACUUAACUCAAAUUAUAUGCGUCAAAAAUAUUAGUGUAGUGGUAGUAGUGGCAUUUUUCAAAACAAUUUUUGAAAUCCCUAGGCAAAUUAUUUAGUAAAAAAACAAUGUGCCAAAUAUUAAAUGCUCCAAAAUUUUAACAAAAAAAUAGAAUAAAAAAUAACCCAUUACUAGAUACGUAAAACCGGGUAUUUUCUUAUAA